AUGGCCGGGAAGGUGGCGCUGCUCCUGUGGGCCCAGACCCUCGGCCUCGCUGGUGCCCAGACCACCCAGCUCCUUGUGAAGCCCCCCUGGAGGCCGGCGGUGCUGUGGGAUGGGGUGACGCUGAUGUGCCAGGGCUCGGGGACCGCCGGUGCCACCAUCUGGUACAAGGAUGGGAAGCACUGGGGGCAGAAGAGACGUGACCACAUCACUGUCACUGAGAGCGGCACCUAUGAGUGUCACAGACCUGGCAGUGGGCUCAGCCCCCCUGUGACAGUCUCAGAUGGUGACAGGUCCCCUCUGUCCCCAGACGGGCUGGUGCUGCAGGUGCCGGUGCGGGCGCUGCUGGAGGGGGACACGGUGACACUGCGCUGCCGGGGCAGGUGGAACCGCACGGUCACCUCGGUGUCCUUCUACCGAGAGGGGACAGAACUGAGGGGGCUCCGCGAUGGCGCAGAGCUGUCCCUGUCCCCUCUGCAGCUGAACCACAGCGGCCGCUACAGCUGCAAGGGCUGGGUGAAAUACUGGGCGUGGCAGCAGUCAGCGCCGGUGACAGUGACAGUGCACGAGCUCUUCUCGGUGCCAGUGCUGGUGCUGGAGGGUCCCCCCGAGAUCACCGAGGGGUCCCCCCUGACUCUCAGCUGCCGCAGCACCCCCAGCCCCCUGCGGCCCCCAGCCCCCCUCCUGUACCUGUUCUAUCAGGACGGGCGGGUGCUGGGGGGCCCGCAGGGGUCCCCGCAGCUGCUGCUGCCCGCCGUGGGGGUCUCCCACUCGGGGAAUUACAGCUGUGAGGCGCAGUCCCAGGGUGGGACCGUGCGGAAGAGCAGCGCCCGGCUCCGCGUCACGGUGCACAUGCCCGUGGCCAAUGCCACCAUCACCCCCGGUCCCCUGGCACACCAGGUGCACACAGGUGACAACGUGACCCUGCGCUGCUCAGUGCAGGUGGGCUCAGCCCCUGUCACCUUCACCUGGCUGCACAACGGGCAGGAGGUGGCCCAGGGUCCCCUCCUGGAGCUCAGGGACAUCGAUGUGGGACAUUCGGGCACCUACCAGUGCGUGGCCACCAACCAGCUGGGACAGGACGGGCACCGCGUGUUCCGGGCACUCAGCCCUGAGCUGGCACUGGAGGUGACACCACAGGGACACAGGAACACAGCAGUGGCUGUGAAUGUCGGCAGGGCCCUCCUGUUCCUGCUCCUGCUCCUGGCUGUCAUCGGGGGCUGUCACUGGUGGCACCGCCGGGACCCCCCGGAGCAGAGGGCUGCACUCACCACCCACAUCAUGGGCACCGAGGGGGCAGCGGGGCCCCCAGAGGUGUCCCCCCGCCCUGCCCCACCUCGGGACCCACAAGUGACCAACGCGGAGCUGUCGGGACCCCAGAAGGGACAGCGGGACCCCCGUGACUACGAGAACGUGCUGUGA